GUAACCUGUCUGUCUGCAGACAUCAUGGUGCUCAUAGCAUCCAUAUCAGUCCUGGCUGCAGGGACUCAGGGAAACGUCUUCGCCACGUCGGCCAUCAGGUCGCUGCGGUUCCUUCAGAUUCUUCGAAUGAUCCGUAUGGAUCGCCGAGGAGGAACCUGGAAGCUGCUGGGAUCGGUGGUCUACGCUCACAGCAAGGAGCUGAUCACAGCCUGGUACAUCGGCUUCUUGUGUCUCAUUCUGGCAAGUUUCCUCGUUUACCUGGCAGAAAAAGAAGAUAAUGAACAGUUUGAGACAUAUGCUGACGCCCUCUGGUGGGGACUGAUCACCUUGACAACCAUCGGUUAUGGAGACAAGUUCCCCAUCACCUGGAAUGGACGUCUGCUGGCUGCAACCUUCACUCUGAUUGGAGUUUCAUUCUUUGCUCUGCCGGCUGGGAUUCUGGGUUCUGGCUUUGCUCUGAAGGUUCAGGAGCAGCACAGACAGAAACACUUUGAGAAGAGACGAAACCCUGCAGCAGGACUCAUACAGGCGGCCUGGAGGGUUUACGCCACAAAUCUGAGCCGAACCGAUCUGACAUCUACCUGGGAUUAUUACGAGAGCACAGUGUCUGUCCCCAUGUAUAGGUUGAUCCCUCCUCUCAAUCAGUUGGACUUACUAAGGAACCUGAAGAACAAAUCCGGACUCUCAUUCAGGAAGGAUGCUCAGCCUGAACCUUCUCCCAGUCAGAAGGUGAGUCUAAAGGAGAGGGUCUUCUCGUCUCCUCGGAGUUCAGGAACCAAAGGCAAAGGUUCUCCUCAGCACGGAGUUGCACCUGGAAUGGGUCCUGCUCCUGGCAUUGGUCCUGGAGUACCUGGAGGUCCUGGGGGAGUCCAGGCCUUGCGGCGGUCCCCGAGCAUAGAGCCCAAUUUGGAAGAGAGUCCCAGCAAGGUUCCAAAGAGCUGGAGCUUUGGAGAACGCAGCAGAACCAGGCAGGCCUUCAGGAUCCGGGGAGCGGCAUCCCGUCAGAACUCUGAAGUGCUGAUAGAGAUGCAGGACGAAGAGUUCAGACAGAAGAGCUCCCCAGAGGCCAGCCUUCCUGGAGAAGACAUGGCUGAUGACAACAAGAGCUGCCACUGUGAGUUUGUCCCUCAGGACCUGACCCCAGCGUUAAAGGUUACCAUUAGAGCCAUCUGCAUCAUGCGCUUCAUGGUAUCCAAGAGGAAGUUUAAGGAAAGUCUUCGUCCCUACGAUGUCAUGGAUGUGAUUGAACAGUAUUCAGCCGGACACCUGGACAUGCUCGCCCGUAUCAAGAACCUCCAGUCUAGGGUGGAUCAGAUCGUUGGCAGAGGAACACCAAUUGCAGAUAAGGAUCGUCCCAAAGCAGCCAGUGAGGAGCUACCUGAAGACCCGAGCAUGAUGGGACGUCUGGGGAAGGUGGAGAAGCAGGUCCUGUCCAUGGAGAGAAAGCUCGACUUUUUGGUUAAUAUCUAUAUCCAGCGAAUGGGAAUCCCUCAGGCUGAGACCGACGCCUACUUUGGAUCCAAGGAGCCAGACCCAGCACCACCCUAUCACAGUCCAGUGGAUCAGCUGGAGAAGAGCCAAUCCAUCGCCAAGAUCGUGCAAGGGUUGCCAGGUGAACAUGUGGAGAAGGCUCGGGUUGUGACGAAGAUGGUUCGCUCCAGCAGUUCCACCGGACACAGGAACUACAAUGCCCCCACAUGUCCUCCCUCCACCUCCUGGCAGCCCAUCAGCUCCCAGCUCCACCAGCAGGCUCCGCCCCCUCCUCAUUGUAGCCAGGGUAAUACUCCAAGUCCGGUGGGGGAUGGGUCACUGGUUCGACUGCCCCCUCCUCCAUCUGGGGAGAGACACAGUGGGAACCGAUCGAGCCGUCACAGCACCGGAGACCGAGGGGGGGCGGAGAAACAGGAGAGGGCAGGAGAGGGGUCCAAUGGGAUGGGAGGAGGAGGCGAGGAGGGGAAGCCUGACAGUGACACCUCUAUCUCCAUUCCAUCGGUGGACCACGAGGCGCUGGAGCGUUCUUUCAGUGGCUUCUCCAUCUCCCAGUCCAGAGACAACCUGGACUUCCUCAACAAUGGAUUCUACUCCUCCAACAACCUGGGAGAUCGCCAUGGUGGGGGAGGAGCUGCCUGCUGCACCGCCGUCCGGUCCUACAUCGCUGAGGGGGAGUCAGACUCCGACUCCGAGCUCUGUGCCCCGUCGCCACACUCGGACCGGGCCUGGACUGGAACCAAAUGAAGCUGCGAGAAAUCCAGAGUCACAACCAGCAGAACAUUUAAAGUAUUCAUCAAAAUGUGAAUAAAAAGUAAACAUGAAGAUUUAAACCACCAGCUGGAGGCUCACAGCAAAGGAUUAUUAUGUACAGAGCUCAGCGGCCGCGCCCAUGAUGGUACGAUUUACGUGACAGAUUCUGCACAGCAAACAUCUGUCCACACUGUCACCAACUGGCAGACUGCUGGGACACGCUUUCACCUGAUUGGUUGCUUGUUUCUAUGUAUAAAAUAAUGCUAUCACAUAAUCUCAGCUCACCAAUACAUUUGUUAAUCGUUUAAACAAAGAAAAGUUGGAAAGAUGUUUGUUUAUCUACUUCCUGUCCAAAAUUUAGGAAGUAGAUCCGGAUGCAGGGUUUUAACUUUCAGGUGAACCACGAGCUUUCAGGUAACUUUGGCUAUGUAUGGGAUCUGUAUCUUAUUCUGCUUUCUAGAGGCUGCAGCAGUAUCAAUGAACUCUGUUUAUAUGUUUUUUAAUAUUCUGGUUAUUUAACUGUUGAAAGAUUUUGAAUUAUAUUACUUUAUUAUCUUUAUUCAACUGUGAUAAUUGUUUAGCUUAUUUAAAUUGUAGUAAUGCCUGUACAUAGCGUGUCAGCAAAUUCUUUAGCUGGAACAAAGUGAUCACAUGAGGAAGUUGCUCAAGUUUAGACAACACCCACAUGUAUUGUUUUAACCCACUACAAGAUCGUUAAUCAACUUAUCCAUCUUCGUCUUGCAAGGCUGCAUCCUGUGCAGCCUCGUAUGCAAACACCAGAUAAGAAGUUGUUUUUUCCUAACUUGUACUCCACCCAUGAGUGUUACGUGAGUAUAUAAUAAAGUCUGACCAGAUGCCUGGGCGCAUUCCUGCACAGGAUUUGCCCAUGUACAUGAAUUAACUCUGGGCCCGUGAUUCUUUGCUUUCCUGAGGUUUUUCUCCUUACAUUUCUUGGUCCUCCGAGUCGGAGUUGGAAAAAGCAACUCGAUUGUUGUGACUCCAAACCAGAGAUCUACCUGUAUCCUGUCGUCAUGGGGACCCCGCACCGAAGGUUUUUUUGACACCCUCCUCCAUGGAAGGAGUGGCCGGUGUUCUUAUCAGUGGUCCACGACGCUGGGAUCCAGUGAAAGACCUCAAACAUAGACGGAGAGAUCUUGGAAGGUAAAGAAUCCACUCAAUCACACUCGCGUAAAACGAAAGGGUUUGACAGUCUAAUCCACUGUACGGAUUUCUAAAAAUACGUGUAAU